CUCUAUUCAGCUAACUACAGGAAAGGUCCUCACCGGCCUUUUUCGCAAUUUGUGUGACCCGUUCACCUCGUAUCCAAUGGCUAAUCCCACAGAACAGCAGACGUUUCAGCAGAUCCAGAUCAUGACGACUCGGAGGCGCCAUGAGCAUGAGUUUGCGACCAUGUUACGGCGCCAUCGGAAUGAGCUCGCUGCAGCCACAGUAUGACCCUAGACCCUACGGAUGGCCGUGCGUCAAUAUUCCCUCCGUGUGUUUUGUGGCCGGCUCAGAAUCAGAUCAUGCAGGGCGGCAGCCCGGCUCAGCAGGCACAGAAUGAGAUGCAGACACAGGUGAGGGAGGAACAAGGAAUGCAGGGGACCUCGGCUGCAUCUUUGUCGUGUGUGGUGUCGUCUUAGGCUUUUCACCAGGUGACCAACCAACCCACACGUCUGCGAAGCAGCAGGGAAGGCGCACGUAUGCCUGUAUGUAUGUGUUGCGUGUCUCCUUCUGUGUUGUUGUCUGCAGGCUGUGGUUGGCUCCAAUGGCAGCUUGUCUCAGCCGCGACACCCUCCACGAAGUGCACCGGUCAGCGAAGCAACAAGGGCAGUGGGCGGGGAGGGAAUACGCGCAGCCACGUGGGUGUUGCGUGUAUCUUCCCCUUUCUGUGUGUGUUGUUUGUCUGCAGACCUAUGGUUUCAGCAGAUCGAUGAACGGUUCAAACAACUCGAUACCCACUGCGCAGGUCAGCGAAACAGCAAGGGAAACCGUCCAAAUCAAACCGUCCUUUUGUUUGCUCCUGCCCUGCUGCCGCGAGUGAGUGCCCUUUUCUCAUACGCGUAUCGAUCUGCCAUAUCAGACAGACUGAGGGAGGAGGAGGCAAUCAAUGCUGUCGGGGUUUUCACCACACAGUAUGGAAGAGAG